AUGGCGCCGUACAAAGCUUUGUAUGGCAAGAAGUGUAGGUCACCGAUUGGCUGGUUUGAUAUUGGAGAGACACGACUAAUAGUCUCAGAUAUGGUUCAGCAAGCGGUGGAUAAAAUAAAGCUUAUUCGGGAAAGAUUGUUUGCAGCUCAAAGCAAGGUUGCCUAUGAGUUGGACCUACCAUCGGAUCUGGAAGUUGUACACCUGGUCUUUCACGUAUCGAUGCUUCACAAAUAUGCCGAUGAUCCUCCCAGAAUAUUCCCUGUGGAUGAUAUCCAGGUGAAUGAGGAACUCUCGUAUGAGGAACGCCCUAUAGCCAUACUGGAUCGCCAAGUUAAGAGAUUGCGCACCAAAGAUGUGGCCUCCGUCAAGAUGCUGUGGUGA